CCAUGAUAAUCAAUACGUAUACAUAUAUAUGUAUAAUUGUUGGAACUCUAUUUUACCAACAUAACUAGGUACCUAACGCACACAUCUAAUACCUAAACUACCUACCUAGGUAGGCACAUGUACUUGGUAUGCACCUGGGCUAGGUAGAUCAAUACCCCUCAAUGCCGUAGAUAUAUGCCUACCCUUUUGCGGUCUUAUUACAUACAAGAAUGGCCCCAAUACCCAUAACCAUCGUUACUGGUUUUCUAGGUUCAGGGAAGACGACGCUCCUUUUAAACCUCGUGCCCCAACUCCGUGCCGCCAACCCUUCCUACGGUCUUGCCCUGCUCAAAAAUGAGUUUGGUGACGUAGCCAUCGACUCGCAGCUUGCCUCUUCGAGUGCUGUCUCCGGCGUCCAAGAACUUCUGAAUGGCUGCAUAUGCUGCAACCUCGUAGGUCAGCUCAGCACGGCCCUCGAAGAGCUGCGCGCCAACGUCAGCCCCGACCGCAUCGUCAUCGAGACUUCCGGUUCCGCCUUCCCGGCUACGCUAGCGAUUGAGGUGAAUCGCCUAGCUCGCGAGACGGGCCACUACUCUCUAGACGGUGUCGUCAGCGUAAUCGAUGUCGAGAAUUGGAAAGGGUACGAAGAUACGAGUUAUACCGCGCGUAUACAGGCUAGAUAUACCGACCUAAUUGUCUUCAAUAAGUGGGAGAAUUGCGACAAUCGUAAGUUCGAUGACUGCCUCGAUCGGGUUGGUGACCUCGAGGUCGAUGUAGCCUGGGUUAAGAGCGACCGAGGGCAGGUUCCUGUUGACCUUAUCUUUGGUAUUGACGGUGGAUUGGCGGCGGCUCUGACCGAGGAGCCGACCAUAAAUAAAAACAGCCAAACAUACGACGGCCACCAUCACAACCAUGACCACCAGAACGAGGUCGAGGUACUUUCUAUCACCCUUUCUGGACGGGCGGGAGCUAUUGUCAAUGCGACGAAGCUGAUGGCCCUCUUAAACUCUGCCCCCAAGGACGAGGUAUAUCGGAUUAAGUCAGUAUUGACGACAUCACCGAUGGUGCGGAGUUCCGGAGAGGACGAAAAUGCCACACCAACAACUCCAACUCAUCAUUCUAAUAGGUAUAUCCUUAACUGGGCAUUUGGUAGAUGGACAUUUACACCGCUUGAUUCCGAGAUAGCUGAGCAUAGUUCAAGCCAUCAGACUGUGCUUCGCAUGACGAUGAUCCUUGCAAGGUACGAGAGCGGAAAAUGGAAAAAUAAAUUAGAGGUGGGUGGGUUUUUGGAGCUAGAGGACGAGGAGAAAGGGCAAUUGGCUGUCACCAAGAUUUCCUAGAGCUUGCUAGAUUUCAUCUUUUGGGGCUUGGGAUGCAAAUGAAGGUGGCGGCUACAACUUUUGCGGACGCAUCACUCAUCAUGCCUGCGCCAAUUCUACGUCCUUCUGGUCCAUUUGUCAGCUGCCCGCCUUUGACAUUGGCAUCGACCUGCCUUUCCGUUAUAGAACGUUAAAAUAACAACAGAUCCCGCCUAAAAUGACAUUCUACCUAUACAUCUAUACGAUGAC